AUGUCUACGCCCACCUUCUCCGUGCCUCCGCCUGCUCCUACCCCUGGAGAUAUAGCUGAAUGCCUGGAGGAAAUGCUGCAACGCAAGCAACAAGAGACCCCCGAACCCAAUUUUCAAAAGAAAGACGUCACCCAAUCCUACGAUUAUCUCUGCGAAAUAGAAUGUCAAAAGUUCACCACAGAAGAAGUUGAUGAGAUUCGAGCGAAAAUCCCUGACGCUGUUUAUCGGGAAUGUGAUGCCCGACAGUAUUCGAAGCUGCUGGCCGAGAAAAUUUCGCAAAAUCUCCUCAGCAACAUUGCGCAGAAGCGGUACCAGACGCAUGCGUGUGGCGGGCCGUUGCAAUGGCCUCCAACGCUGCUUGAAAAGGCAGGGAUACACCUCGAAGCAAGUGUGGGAAGCUCGUCUCUCGUUCGAGGAUCAGAGAUACUGGGAACCCGAGGCACGUCUUCUUCGACAGCUUUCGCCUCUUAA